GAACUGGACACUCUGGCGUCACUUCUUCCCUUCGAGCAGAACAUACUCAGCAAGCUUGAUCGGCUGUCCAUCCUGCGGCUGUCGGUCAGCUAUCUGAGGACCAAGAGCUACUUCCAAGUGGUCAUGCACAAAGACAAAGAUGAUCUACACUCACACAGGCGCGACCACACACACUAUGAACACGUAAUGCCUGACGGUGAAAUGUUUUUACAGGCUCUCAAUGGUUUCCUCAUGAUACUCACGUGCGAUGGUGAAGUCUUCUUCGCGACACACAGCAUCGAGAGCUAUCUUGGAUUCCAUCAAUCAGAUAUCGUUCACCAAUCUGUUUACGAGCUGGUACAUUCAGAGGACAGAGAAGAACUUCAGAGACAAUUACUAUGGAACUCAUUUCUACCACCAGAUGUCAACAACCUAACAUUACAAGAAGUUCUUCGGUCGGAACGAGCCAACUUACUCGAGAGAAGUUUUACAGUACGAUUUAGGUGUUUAUUGGAUAAUACUUCAGGCUUCCUUAGAUUAGACAUUCGAGGUCGAAUCAAAGUACUACAUGGGCAGAAUAAGAAAACAGAAGAGCCUCCAUUAGCACUGUUCGCGAUAUGUGCGCCGUUUGGACCACCCAGUCUGUUGGAGAUACCACAAAAAGAAGUGAUGUUCAAGAGCAAACACAAACUGGAUUUGUCUCUGGUGUCGAUGGACCAAAGGGGCAAAAUGUUGCUCGGUUACACAGACGCUGAGCUUGCCAAUAUGGGUGGCUACGAUUUGGUACACUACGAUGAUCUGGCGUACGUGGCAAGUGCUCAUCAAGAAUUAUUAAAAACCGGUGCAUCUGGUAUGAUUGCAUAUCGCUUCCAAACUAAGGAUGGGCAAUGGCAAUGGCUGCAGACGUCUUCCCGACUUGUUUACAAGAACUCCAAGCCUGACUUUGUCAUCAGUACGCACAGACCUCUGAUGGAGGAAGAAGGCAGGGAUCUUCUUGGCAAGCGAACCAUGGACUUCAAAGUAAGCUACCUGGACACCGGUCUCACCAGUCUGUACUUCUCAGAGACAGAACAACUGUCAGGUUGUGAGUCCACGGUCACCACGCCGCCUCGAGCCGCUCGCAGAUACAAGACCCAACUCAGGGACUUCUUGUCCACUUGUCGGAACAAAAGACGAGUGCCAACUACUCCUGCACCACCGCCAGUGGACUAUUUAGCUGCAGACGUCGCUGCGGCUUACACUAACCUGAAUGGAGCAUACACAGCACCUUAUGGCGAAUACGCUCCAGCAACUACUUUGCACUACGCUCCUCCCUUAGAUGACAGAUUCUUAACAGCAGACAACCUCUUUCACCAAUACAAACCCCUUUCUUACCACUACACGCCUUACCCACCAAAUGGAUUUCUAGAACCUCCCCCUCCUGGUUACGAGGUCACUCCAUACCACAGGCCUCCAUCCAGGGAAUAUGCGUAUGUGGACAGUAGUGGAAGGUAUAUGAGUCCUGUUACUGGACAUGAGAGACGGUCUCCAAGCAUUGUUGCUGGACCAAGUCCAGUUGGCUCCAGUGGUUCGGCGGAACAGGAGAGAAUGCAGCAGAGCCAGGCUGCAGAGAUCCCGCGGCAGACUGUACUAAUGUGGGGGGCGGGGGGGAGCGCACAGGAUGUCCCCGUCGAGUACUCACCACCUCAGGUUUGGCGAUAUCCCUCACAUUACCACACCGCUGAAGCCACGCAAUGAGCAAACUUCUGUUGAUUUUAAGUUAUUUUAUUGAUAUCAUUCCAAAUUGUAAUGUACUUUUCACACAAAUUACGCAAUAAAAUAGAACAAAAACUGUAUUCUUAGAUCAUCUAUACGUUUAGAUAGACUUUGACAUCUGUGAACACGAGAAAAAAAAUUGAGGUUGACGGUUUACCUCCAUUUUGAGCAAAUCGCGAGUAAAAACUUAGCUUGUCGCGCACACCAAAGUAAUAAUCCUGGCCUGUUUUCAUCGGUAGUCUAUCAGAUAGAUGCUCUAUCUAAACGUGUAACUUAUCU